UGCUGUUUUACUCCCCUGCUGUGUGCACUUCUUUGCCGGGGACUGGGCCAAAAGGAGGCUCAUGUGGAGCGGAUUCUUCGCUACGUGCGCCUUUGGACAGUGACCCACGACAGGUUCGGAACGACAUGGAAGGGCAUCAGUUUUCAGCGCCCAAUGCUGGCGCUGGGGAGAAGCGAGAGGAGUUUCGACAUGGGAAUCGCAUGCGGAGCGUGACCGUCAAUCUCGUGGCCACGUACCAGGUGUGCUGCAAUGACUUCGGCUACAGCGAAACGCACGCCCCACGACGCGUGCUCACAAAGCUCUCCAAAGGUGUGUACAAUUCCAACUACGACAACGCGGAGCAUGACUACAUUUGCCGAGUGGGUGACAAGAUCGUGAAUCCCGACGGCCAUACCUAUGAGAUCUUGGAGCGUUUGGGCCAUGGCACCUUCGGCCAGGUCCUGAAAUGCCAUCAUUCGGGCUCCAGCUCGCACGUGGCUUUGAAAAUCAUCAAGAAUAAACCGGCCUACUUUCAUCAGGCCUUGGUGGAAGUGCGUAUCUUGCAGAUGCUCAAUCAGGAGUUGGACCCUGACGAUGACAAGCGGAUCGUGCGGAUGCUGGACUUCUUCGUUUACAGGAAACACUUGUGCAUCGCGUUCGAACUCUUGAGUGUCAACCUGUAUGAAGUCCUCAAGCAGAACUCCUUCCGGGGUGUGUCGAUGGCCUUGAUCCGCGUGUUGACCGACCAGCUCCUCAAGGCGAUGCGGUGCCUCCGCGAGGCCUCCGUGAUCCACUGCGAUCUGAAGCCGGAGAACGUUCUCUUGAGCAACAUUCACCACACCCGGAUCAAGCUCAUUGAUUUUGGCUCCGCCUGCUUCGAGAGCCACACAGUCUAUCCGUACAUCCAAUCGCGCUUUUAUCGAUCCCCAGAGGUGCUUUUGGGAGUCCCUUACACCAGUGCCAUCGACAUGUGGAGUUUGGGCUGCAUUUGCGCAGAGCUCUUCCUGGGAUUGCCCGUGUUUCCCGGACAUUCCGAGUAUGACCAGGUCCGCCGCAUGGUGGAGGUGCUUGGCAUGCCGCCCAGCACCUUGCUGGACGCGGGCCGUAAUACCAAGCGAUACUUCCGCAAGGAGGAGUUGAAGCCCAACGAGCCGGGCGCGGAGGGUCCUUCCACAAGUAGUGCCGAUGGGGAGCAGGAGCCGCAGGAGCCGCAGGAGCUGGACGCCAAUGCGCAGGAGGCGCCGCAAGAGGUGCACUCGGCUUCAAGCUCAGGCCCUGAAGACGGUCGCGCCUCCGCGGAGAGGGAACGACCUGUCCAAGCAGAGGUCACCGGUGCCGAGCACGUGUCCGAGGAGGAGGAUCCUCGUGUCUACGUGGUGACGGGUGCCGGUGGUGUGGGCAGCUCCUGCAACGGUGAAUACCGCCGGGUGGGGGAGCACAACCAGAAGCCGCUGUACAAGAAGACCAAUGGUGAUGCCAUCAUCUUCUUCAAUCUUAGGUGGAAGAUGAAUUCUAUCCAUGACACGCGUGGGUGGUACUAUAUGGCGCCCGAUGUCUCGUCAGCUACUCCACCUGAAGGGCCAUGGACCACAGAGCAAUACGACCAGGACGAUGCCGAUCCCGCGCCCGUGGUCUCCACCCUGAAGAUCGAGGCCAAGAGCAGCUUCCUGGAUUUGCUGAAGCAUCGGCUAGGCAUCCACGCGGAUGAUGCUGAGGAAAAGAGCUUCAAAGUACAGGACGCCAAGGUCGAAGAGCACCCGUUGGAUGCGUCGACCUCGGCCUCCACGGCCUUGGAUACCGAUGGCACCGCCAGUGGCGGAGGACCCCGUCGUGAUGACAGCGAUGCAACUGGCAGCCGCACAGGCCGGUCUUCGGGGCCGGGACGACCACCCUUCGCCAGGCGGAAGUCCAAGCGUCGACAGAUGGCCUGGCGCCUCAAGACCAAGGAGGAGUACGAGCGGGAUGAGCACAAGAAAGAGCCUGUGCCAAAGAAGUACUUCAACUUCUCUUCGCUUGAGCAGAUGGUGACCUUGGCACCUUACCGGAGCAAUUUGUCACGGAGACAGCUCAAGGAGGAGAAGGAGCGACGCCUGUGCUUCCUCCAGUUCUUGGGCGGGCUCCUGCAGCUGAAUCCCGACUUACGUUGGACGCCCAAACAGGCCUCGGCGCAUCCCUUCAUCAUGGGCAAAGCGCACGACCCGGAUUUCCGCCCACCUCCUCCAGAUCAUCCAGUGCCCAACUUCCAGAAGGCCAACCCACCCAGUCGGCUUCCAGGACGAGACGUGCCGCCGAGGCCCAGCGUGCCGAUGCUGCCGAAAGGCAAGCUGGGACCUCCCAGCACCGAGGGCGCCAGCUCCGCUCGAGCCUGGGAGGAACAGAAUGCCUCAGGUUUCGAAAGCGACCAGACGCGCAGCGCGCCGGCGACGACGCGUGAAGGUCCAGGCGAAGAGACUGGAGGCAUGAGCCACAUCAAGACAGACACCGCGAUGCCCGAGUCGGCCUUGAGUGGAUUGUGGGGGCAGCUGUGCAUGGGUAUUCCCUUGCCAGAUGACAAUCCCGCGGAGAGCUACCGUCCCCCCAUUGACCAGAUGUCCGAGCGCUUCUUUCGCAGCUUCAUGCAGGUGGCCGGCAGGCGGCCCAGCGAAGUGUCCACGGAGGGUGAGCCCGGCACGGCCAGUCCUCCUAAGGCGGCGGGCACCUCCUUUUGCUCCUCCGCGUCCUCCGCAGGUUCGCCCACCGGGCGACCGGCGGGACCCGGGCCGUCGCCCCUCUUGAAGCCCACCGACCUCCGGCUCAUGGGUCUGCGGAGCGCCGGCGCAGGUGCGUCGAGCACGCCCGGCGGGAGCAGCACCACCGCACCACGCCCGGGCAGUGGUCCGAUGACGAGCAGCAUCGACCGGCAAACACCGCAGAGAGGCGGCUCGGCGACCCUCGGCCGUGCCUCGCUGAGCCGUGGCGGCUCCCGGGGAUCGUCGCCGUGGCACUUGCCCUCGCCGAUGAGCGAGUUGAGUUUUGCCUCGGAGCGGGUGAACAGUUCCCAACCCUCGGGCAGUGACAGCUGCGAAGAACCACGACAUUUGGGGUCCGAGAUGGCCUUCAACUUCGAAGACCCUUCCGGCAUCUCCAGCGACGCUCAUGGGCCAUCGGACUGUGGAAGUCCUUGGAUCCCCGAAAGUUCCGCCUCGGGAGCACGGGAGCAGAAGGACGUGCAGAGCGCCAUGUGGGAGAGCCUCAAGUACGAGAUGACACGCGUCGAGCUGGGGCGCGACCGUUUACCUCGACGACUUGAGAUGCAAAGCCCCGGGAGCACCGGUGCCUUGGGCACCUUCCGAGAGGCCAUCGGCAUGAACGACAACGGUCCGGUGAUUCCGAUCAGUGCGGCUCGGCACCAGCAGACCUUGGGCACUGGCACCGCGGAGGAGACCACGUCCUCGACGGGCCUUUUCUCCAUCUCCCGAUCGGUCGAUGGACAUAUGGGCUUCGGAUUUCCAGGAAGUUCCAGACGCAAAUCCAAGCGACCACAAUAGGUGAGAGCUGAUGCGCAUGCGCAUGCAUCCGUGGUGGGAGGAGCUCGGUAGUGGUGAAGAGCCCAUCUUGAGAGGUCUACAGGGUAAAGCAUACAAUAAGGUUGUAUAUGGAGCAUAGUAUGGAGCAUCCUUUCUGAGUGUCCUGGCAUUGGACCACUCUUUUUAC